AUGCCUAACUUUGCCGGCACCUGGAAGAUGAAGAGGAGUGAGAAUUUUGAUGAACUUCUCAAAGCCUUGGGAGUGAACGCCAUGUUGAGGAAGGUGGCUGUGGCUGCGGCCUCCAACCCCCACGUGGAGAUCCGCCAGGACGGGGACAAGUUCUACAUCAAAACGUCCACCACUGUGCGCACCACGGAGAUCAACUUCCACGUCGGUGAAGAGUUCGACGAGGAGACUUUGGACGGACGAAAGUGCAAGAGCCUCGCCACCUGGGAGACGGAGAACAAGAUGCACUGUAAGCAGACUCUGGUGGAUGGGGCUGGACCCAAAACCUACUGGACCCGAGAGCUGAAUGGCGAUGAGCUCAAACUGACUUUUGGGGCAGAUGACGUAGUGUGCACACGGAUUUACGUCCGGGAAUGAAGCUCUGCACCUUCACCGGGACCAAGCCAGGCGGACCACCGCUCGUUUAAACCCCAACAACACUGUCUCAUGCUAACGUGCUAAUAAAUUUGCAAAGUAUCCUGUGUAAUCUCUCAGCAUCAGUCUGCAUAGCCUCAACAUACAAUAGCAAUGUCUCUGUAAUCUGGUUAUUUGUAGUGAAUAUUGUGUCCGCAGUACAGUAGCUGGAUAUUUCAGUGUCCAUAUCUGCAAACCUUGGUGUCAGCUGUUUUUGUAGGAGUUAGUCAUCAGUUUCAUCGAGUAAGUAUUGAUGUUCAAUGACAAGAAACAAUAAAACA